AUGCUCCACAAAAGGCAGGAGGACGAUGCCGAAGAAACAACAAGGAAGCCACGAUCACUAUCGAUUUUUAGGUCAUGGUCGUGGUUUCCAAAUUAUGCAAAAGAGCCGGAGGAGGUGCAACAACUAACGGUCCAUUCUGACCCUGCUCGCAAAUGGAUAAAGGGUGUAGUGAUCUGCUCAUGGAUCAUUGGCGGAGUCCUCGCCUUGAACAUCAUCCUCACUGUCGUCGCUGCUGGUCUGGCGUAUUCAGGAAACAGCGGGCAGAUGUUCGGCUUCGCUUCCCUCUAUAUGGGAAAGUGCUCGACUUCCAAAGGUUGGACCACGGGCUUGCACCUCCUGAUCAACAUUCUCAGCACUGCCCUUCUAGGGGCAAGCAACUACUGCAUGCAGUGUCUUGCAGCCCCUUCGCGAGACCAGGUAGAUAAAGCCCACAGUCAAAAGACAUGGGUUCGGAUCGGCGUCCCGAAUAUAAUGGAUCUUCUUCGCUAUCAAACGGGCAUGCGACGCCUUCUCGGAUCGAUCCUGCUGAUCACCUCAUUGCCUAUCCAUUUGAUUUACAAUUCAGCCGUAUACUUCUCGAUUGGUCCAACGGAAUACUCCGUCGUUGCAGCACAGGAUAAACCUAUUCAGGAACACGGCAACUCCACGGAAUUUGAGCAGUGCUUCACAGAAAAUGUCGGAAUGGACUUGCCAUCAUUCAACGCUGCGAUCCGUGAUGGGAGUUUCAACACACUCUCCAAGCAAGAAUGUAUUGAUAUCUUUGCUCAGGACUAUGCAUCUGGGUACGGAACGGUUGUUCUGGUGACCAAGGACCCGAUGCCUCAAAACGAGUCUGUGGCCUUGGUAGGGACAGGAAAUAGCCACAGCUUUGAGGGUGGGUUUUCUCAAUUCAGUUGGCUGUGUGACGAAGAAUAUCCCUGCACCAAAAGUAUAGCCGAAGAAGACACCCAGGACUGGUCGGUCGACGCAUUGACGUGGUCGCGUCCCACCAUACAUUUGUCAGUGCCUAUCCCGGGCGGGAUUUAUGAGAGCGGAGGGUGGUUGGAUGUUGGACAUUACGGCGUUCCCGAUACCGAGGACUACAACCAUCUCGAUGAUAUUCUGGAUAAACACCAUACCCUGGAGGAGUUGCAAGCUGCGCUAGGUAAUUCUUCCGGCUGGGUUAACAGCUCAUUCCCUGGUAGUGUGACAGUACGUAAUGGUGAACCUGAUUGCACGUACCCGAGAGACUAUGGUAAAAGGACGCUGCGAUCAUAUUCAAUCGACCACUGCAUGACGCUGCCGGUUGAGGAGACUUGCCAGCUAUUCUUCAGUCCAUGGAUUUGCCUGAUUGUAAUUGGCUGCAAUCUAGUCAAGCUCAUCUGUGCGCUGCUAGCGGCACGCGAGAACAGACAAGAUAUUUUCCUCACCACCGGAGACGCUAUUGCGUCUUUCCUUGCCAAACCGGACCCAGCCACCGAGGGAGUCUGCCUACUUUCUGGGUCUCUAGUCAAGAAAAGAACACAAGGGUGGCGGAAAUACAAGGGCCGUGAACGCAAAUCCUUAGAUCUUCUGGAAACCAAACAAGAGACUCCGCUUCGUUUACCUUCAAGGAAACGAUGGUUUCAAGCUGCGAGUGUAUCACGCUGGGUAUAUACGAUUCUCCUAUUCGUGUGCAUGCUAGUCCCAUCAGUCAUUGUUCUUCGCCUGGGGAUUCUCAAUUACAACAAAGCCUCCAAAUCGAAGAGCAUAUGGGGCUCCGGGCUGGGAGAAGCAAGCUCAGGGACCAUACUAGCGGGCUUGAGCAUUUCCGCUACCACAAGUGGAAUAUUUUCAAUGAUUCUUAUGGCCAACAUACCUCAGAUACUAGUCUCACUAGCUUACUUCUUCUACAACGGCCUCCUAACCUGCAUGCUCGGCGCCGUCGAGUACGACAACUACGCUACAAAGCGAAAGCCUCUCCGUGUAUCCUGGCCCCGCGGUGCCCAGCGUUCAACAUACUACCUCACCCUUCCAUACCGCUACAGUAUCCCGCUGCUGAUAGUCUCCGCUGUUCUCCACUGGCUCGUAUCCCAGAGCCUUUUCUUCGUCCAGGUGAUCCCAUUCGACCGGCAUGGAGUACCCCAAGAGAGAUACCCGGAAGUCCUCGUUACUUGUGGGUAUUCGCCCGUUGCCAUCAUUUUCGGAAUAAUCGUUGGUGGCUUGCUACCCAUCGUCGCUGUACUUAUGGGCUUGCGUCGCUUCAGAUCACACAUGCCGCUGGCUGGUCAGUGUAGUGCGGCAAUCAGCGCUGCAUGUCAUCCGAUGACUACAGCGGUUGACCAUGCACUGAAACCGGUACAGUGGGGCGAAGUUCCAGGCAGCGUUUUAUCGCAUAGCGGCUUUUCCAACACAAUAACGACGGAUAUUGAGUGUGACGCUCGGGCGAAUGUCGGUGAUGAGCAACGGCUAUCUUUGGCUAGGGAGCUGGAUAUAAAUGAUUCCAGGGCAGUCGGUUUCUUGCAUUGCACAUUUACUUCGGAGGAUGUUAGUGAGCCGAGCACAUCACGUCUCUAUCUCUAG